AUAAUUUUAACAUUUAAUAUAAAAUUAUUAUUGAAUAUAAAAAUAUAUAUCAUCAUAUACUUAGUUAAUUAAAAUAAAUAUGUGUGACGUAGAUGCAAUUACUAAAAUAGCCAAUUGUCUUGGUGUGCCUGCUGGUAAGGUGACACUCAACGAAGAAAAGGUUGUUACACGUACAAAUAUUGAUAACAAAAAAGUUACUGGUUUUGCCACUAUUCUUAACGCAUUGGCAAAGGAAUCAAAAUCAGAAACUGCACAAAACAGUUGUGCAACACGUGAAAUCGAAGCCCAAGUGUAUCAAUGGAUUGAGUUUGCUGUUUUGUAUGUAGCACCAGGAUCUAAAGACAAGCAUGUAGCACAAGGAUUAUUAAGAGAUUUUAAUAAAUUGUUCCUAUGCAAGUCAUAUUUAGUAGGACACUUCAUAACUCUUGCAGAUUUGGCUGUUUUUUAUGCAAUAUAUGACUUAGUGAAAUCUCUUUCGCCUAUUGAUAAGGAAAACUACUUAAAUCUUUCUCGUUGGUUUGAUCAUCUGCAGCAACGCCCAGAGAUACGUCAAGGAGAAAACCUGCUCAAUUUUACUACAAUUUAUUUGCAUGGCUGGGCCACAGGAACUCACAUCUAAAUACCCCAUUAUGAUAUUAAAUACUUUAAUUACGUGCUUUAUCUAUUUUAUUUAUUAAUUAAUUGUGUCAUUAUUAAUUUGAUA